CACAACAUCCAGCUCUGCUCGUCUUCUUCUCCAAACUGGUCUGAUCCUGGGAGCCUUCAGAAGAGCAGAACAAAAGAUACAUGCAGGAGAGGAAUAGGAACAAGGAAAGGAUUCAGAUAGUUUGAAAGUUUGACCCAGUCUCACCUCCUCUGAUCCAUCGGCAUGGCAACUAUGGUUGUACUGGAGUCCUCGAGCGCCCUGAUGGAGCCUCAAUCCCUGACAGAAAUCUCAGAAGAUGAGAUCCACCUGCCUCCUUCAGAUGAAGAAGAUAACGCCCUGGCUGCCGCCAAGAAAGAUCUGCACACCGCAGAGGAACCCGACCAGGAGCAGAACGGGGCUCAGGCUUCAGACACAAAGUUAACGGGGGUGAUGGUUCUGUCUUUGCUUGACAAGAUCAUCGGAGCGGUGGACCAGAUCCAGCAGACCCAGAGUGGGCUGGAGACCAGACAGCAGGAGAUGGAGCGCACGGUGACCAGCAUCCAAGGCGAGCUGACCAAGCUGAGCAAGAACCACAGCACCACAUCCAACAGCGUCAACAAGAUGAUGGAGAAGGUUCGCAAGGUCAGCAUCAACGUGAAGACCGUCCGAGCUACGCUGGAGAAGCAAGGGAGCCAGAUCAAGAAGCUGGAAACCAACGAGGCAGAGCUGCUGAAGAGGCGCAACUUUAAAGUCAUGGUUUACCAGGAUGAAGUGAAAGUUCCCUCAAAACUCAGCAUCUCCAAGUCCAUGAGGGCUUCUGAGUCUGUAUCGGGAAGCAGAGGAGGCAGUCUGUUAGAGCUUAAAGAAGCUGUGGAGGAACCUGGAGAAGCAGGAGAAGAGGAUGACAAGGAGGACAAGCCCCAUGUAGAUCUUUCUUCCGAUGAAGAAGGGCUGGAAAUUGAAGACAACAUUGAGGAGACACGAGCUGAACGCAUCAAGCGUAGCAGCCUGCAACGUGUCCAAAACCUGAAGACUGUCUUCUCCAAACAGAAGAUGGAUAAGACCAGAGCAAAGACCAAAGAGAACCUGGAGAAGACCAGACAAAAAACCAAGGAUAACAUCGAGAAGACCAAGCAGAAGACCAAGGAGAACCUGGAGAAGACCAGACAAAGAACCAAGGAAAACAUUGAGAAGACCAAGCAGAAGACCAAGGAGAACCUGGAGAAGACUCGUCACAACAUUGAGAAGAAGAUGGGGAAACUUGGAACCCGCAUGACUGUGAACCCUGAGCGAAAACAGAAGAUGAAAACCUCCAGCGACAAGAUGAAGAAAGCCUUCACUCCAGACCAUGUGGUGUACGCCCGGUCCAAAACUGCCGUCUACAAGGUGCCCCCAUUCACCUUCCACGUGAAGAAGAUACGUGAAGGAGAAGUGGAGGUGGUUCAAGGAACCGAGAUGGUGGAGGUGUCAAGGGAAGUAGAGCACAUAGAAGGGGAGGAUGUGGAAGCAGACAACGCUGAGGUGGAGGUGGAGAUGGAGAUGGUGAAUGGAGGAGGGGAUGAUGAAGAGGCUGAUGAGGACGAAGACGAAGACCACCAAGAUGCCUUACACGAGAAUGAUGGUGAUGAUGAUGAUGAUAAAGACAGCGACUAAAGCUGGAGCAGAGAGCCGUUCAGUUCUGUCCUUUAGGUCCAAGAGUUUAGAUUAUUUGGAUUAAAGACCAAUAUUUAAUGAACCAGAUGGUUCCUACUCACCAUCACAGGAACCAUGAAGGUCCCCUUCUACAGGGUUGGUCACCAUCCCUACCAGAACCAGACGGUUCCUACUCACCAUCACAGGAACCAUGAAGGUCCCCUUCUACAGGGUUGGUCACCAUCCCUACCAGAACCAGACGGUUCCUACUUAACAUCACAGGAACCAUGAAGGUCCCCAUCUACAGGGUCGGUCACCAUCCCUACCAGAACCAGACGGUUCCUACUCACCAUCACAGGAACCAUGAAGGUCCCCAUCUACAGGGUUGGUCACCAUCCCUACCAGAACCAGACGGUUCCUACUCACCAUCACAGGAAUCAUGAAGGUCCCCAUCUACAGGGUUGGUCACCAUCCCUACCAGAACCAGACGGUUCCUACUCACCAUCACAGGAACCAUGAAGGUCCCCUUCUACAGGGUUGGUCACCAUCCCUACCAGAACCAGACGGUUCCUACUCACCAUCACAGGAACCAUGAAGGUCCCCAUCUACAGGGUUGGUCACCAUCCCUACCAGAACCAGACGGUUCCUACUCACCAUCACAGGGACCAUGAAGGUCCCCUUCUACAGGGUUGGUCACCAUCCCUACCAGAACCAGACGGUUCCUAGUCACCAUCACAGGAAUCAUGAAGGUCCCCAUCUACAGGGUUGGUCACCAUCCCUACCAGAACCAGACGGUUCCUACUUAACAUCACAGGAACCAUGAAGGUCCCCUUCUACAGGGUUGGUCACCAUCCCUACCAGAACCAGACGGUUCCAACUCACCAUCACAGGAACCAUGAAGGUCCCCUUCUACAGGGUUGGUCACCAUCCCUACCAGAACCAGAUGGUUCCUAGUCACCAUCACAGGAACCAUGAAGGUCCCCAUCUACAGGGUUGGUCACCAUCCCUACCAGAGCCAGACCGUUCCUACUCACCAUCACAGGAACCAUGAAGGUCCCCAUCUACAGGGUUGGUCACCAUCCCUACCAGAGCCAGAUGGUUCCUACUCAACACCACAGGAACCAUGAAGGUCACCAUCUUCAGGGUUGGUCACCAUCCCUACCAGAACCAGACGGUUCCUACUCACCAUCACAGGAACCAUGAAGGUCCCCUUCUACAGGGUUGGUCACCAUCCCUACCUGAACCAGACGGUUCCUACUCACCAUCACAGGAACCAUGAAGGUCCCCAUCUACAGGGUUGGUCACCAUCCCUACCAAAACCAGAUGGUUCCGAGUCACCAUCACAGGAACCAUGAAGGUCCCCAUCUACAGGAUUGGUCACCAUCCCUACCAGAACCAGACGGUUCCAACUCACCAUCACAGGAACCAUGAAGGUCCCCUUCUACAGGGUUGGUCACCAUCCCUACCAAAACCAGAUGGUUCCUAGUCACCAUCACAGGAACCAUGAAGGUCCCCAUCUACAGGGUUGGUCACCAUCCCUACCAGAGCCAGACCGUUCCUACUCACCAUCACAGGAACCAGGAAGGUCCCCUUCUACAGGGUUGGUCACCAUCCCUACCAGAGCCAGAUGUUCCUACUCAACACCACAGGAACCAUGAAGGUCACCAUCUUCAGGGUUGGUCACCAUCCCUACCAGAACCAGACGGUUCCUACUCACCAUCACAGGAACCAUGAAGGUCCCCUUCUACAGGGUUGGUCACCAUCCCUACCAGAACCAGACGGUUCCUACUCACCAUUACACGAACCAUGAAGGUCCCCAUCUACAGGGUUGGUCACCAUCCCUACCAGAACCAGACGGUUCCUACUCACCACCACAGGAACGAGUUUUCAUCCGUCCAUCUUAUUCCUGUUGAGGUGGACGAAGUAAAAUGGAAUCAAUCCAAUUGGACCCUGAGGGACGUCCUGGUCUUCCUGCUCCAUCAUGUCCCUCUGGUGACAGAAGGAGCUGGAUGGAUUCUAACAGAAUUGGGGGGGGGGGGGGGGUAUUUUAUGUAUCCUUUUUAGAAGCACUGUUAGAUGUUUCUCCUCUUAGUUUAGGAUGUCUACCUUCCACCUAACUUUCCUGCCACAGACUCUGACUCUUCAUAAGAGGAUUUCUGAUCAUUUAUCCUAAAGAGGCUGAAUCUCAGAAGAGGAGGAGUAGGAGAAGGACUCACCUUGGUCACUACAACCUUUAACUGUCAAAUGUUUCUCACUAAAUGUUCGUUUUUAUGGCCAACCUGACCCCUACAGCUAAAGUCAAUGGCCCAAAAGGGCCUUCGAACCACACCCACAGCAGCUUCUUCUGUCUAACACUGCCCCCUAGUGUUGAGGAAUAGUUAUGUUCUGUUUGACCUUCUGAGCUUCUUCUCCUGCAGCUCCAGUUUUAGAGCUUCUGUCCAGUAGAGUAGAUGGAUGUGAUCUUCAGAACACCUGAAGCGGGUCAGAACCAGCUCCCCGUUUCCUCCUGUAUAUAAUGUGACUCUGCAGAUCAGCAGCACCUGAACGCCUCGCUUUGCAUCAUCACCUGCAUCCAGAGGAGCUGCUCCAUCUUCUGCUUUAUCUGGAAAUGAUUCCUUAAAACAGUUUAACCACUAAUGAAUAAAAACAACCGAUUCACACUU